AUCCGCAUUAACAAGGACUGCAUUUUCGUGAAAACAAAGGUAUACAAAACAAAUAUCAAUCAGUUAACAACAGGGAUACAUUACCAUAAACAUGUACAUUCUCACCGGCUAUCCGCAUUAACAAGGACUGCAUUUUCGUGAACUAUUCAAGGAAGUUGAAUCUGAAAUUAACGUCAGCAAGGAGAGGCGAAUUAGUAGUGAUCUUCUGAUUAGCUAAAUCACUGUAAAUGUGAUUGGAUAUUUGCUUUCUAUAGACAUUUUGUUAGAGUUUGACAAAGGUAAAUUCUUGCUAGGGGUUAUUAUAUGCUCCGUUGAUGUAUCAGAAGCAGUAGAAAACGUAAGGAUGAUAUAUUAAUACGGCGACCCACGUAAUCAACUAUUCAGUUCCAUUGCAGUCAUCAUUCUUUACAGGAACAUACGCAAUAUCAAGCAAAAUAGAAGAAUAAACGAGGAGAAAAAAUAAUAACUCGGUACAUGCUCUAUAUCGUACAGAAAUACAAAAGGAGUGAUGCGUAUUUACAUAUUAUAGAGAAAAUGUUUGAAAAUGUACGAUAAUAUACUCAGAAACAUGAAUUAUUUACGUCAGUCUUCAUACAGAUGAAAGAAGAACACACUAAUUGGGGUGAACUAGAACAAGAAAGAAGAGGGCAUUACCUCUAGGCUGCCGGGUCGAUAGAGGCCUACUUAGAUCAAGAUGGGAAAUAUAUAAUAUGUGUUCCGGCGUUUGGAUGGAACGUUAGAUGGAAAACGAUUUGAACGUGUAGGAUUGAUACGAUGAUGGCGUGUUAUCUUGGAACUCGAAUGUAUGUACUGUAACAUUGCAUUACUCAAGCACCAGAACAACUGUAUUACACAAUGGGGUGCGGAACUAGUAAAUCCGGCAUGAAACAAUCAGAAAAAUCUAUGAAGGCGGCUUUACUGAUACAAAAAUGGUACAGGCGCUAUCAGGCGCGAUUGGAGGCCAGAAGAAGAUGUACGUGGAACAUUUUUCAGUCAAUUGAAUACUCUGGCGAACAAAACCAAUUAAAGUUGUACAACUUCUUUGAUGACAUGCUGACACAUCUGCAGAUGAACCCAGAGUCUAAUCAACAGUCCAACGUAGCGUCGAACAUGUUAUCUAUAUCGACACGACCACAUGAAAAUGGUAGCAACAGCAAUGCCGAAGAAGAAUUGCUUAAGAAUACUGAUCCGAGCAGGGUGAAGGUGAAUGCGAUGUAUAAAGGAGCAAAACUAACUGCCCCGAUGACAUCUGAACAGUUAACAUGGCUAAUAGAAGCCUAUCGAAACAAAGAGUUAUUACAUGCUAAAUAUGUGCUUUUUGUACUGCACGAAACAAGACGGAUGCUCAAACGAAGACCGAAUAUUAGUUAUGUGUCGACAGCAAUUACAAAGCAAAUUACAGUGUGUGGCGACCUCCAUGGCAAACUAGAUGAUCUCUUCAUUAUAUUUCACAAGAACGGCCUCCCGUCCCCAGAUAACCCAUACAUUUUCAAUGGAGACUUCGUAGACAGAGGCUGGCAAAGUGUAGAGGUCACCAUCCUUCUCUUUUGUUGCUCACUAGUGUAUCCCAACGAUGUAUUCUUGAAUAGGGGAAAUCAUGAAGAUCAUGUGAUGAACUUGAGGUACGGUUUUGUGAAGGAAAUCAUGUCGAAAUAUAAGGAACAUGCAACAAAGAUAGUUCGACUAUUUGAAGACGUUUUUAGUUGGUUACCCCUGGCAACCAUCAUCGAUAAUAAAAUAUUGGUUGCACAUGGUGGAGUCUCAGAUACGACAGACCUUGACUACUUAAAAACUAUUGACAGACAUAGAUUUUUGUCAUGUUUGAGACCUCCCGUUGACCGUACUUUGGCUCAAAUGGGUGGAUGUCGUGAAGAUGAUGAAGAGGACGAUGAUGCUGAUUUACAUUCCAUCAAUAGUCAAGACAGGAAUGAUCUAUGUGCCUGGCGACAGGUUUUAGAUUUACUUUGGAGUGAUCCGAAAAAUCAGAAGGGUUGUACACCUAAUACAUUCAGAGGAGGAGGGACAUAUUUUGGACCUGAUGUCACCGAAGCAGUAUUACAAAAACAUCGACUAGAUCUAUUGAUCAGAUCACAUGAGUGUAAACAAGACGGAUAUGAGUAUACGCACAAUGAUAAGGUGCUGACAGUUUUCUCUGCAUCUAAUUACUAUGAGAUGGGGAGUAAUAGGGGCGCUUAUGUAAAGCUAGGGACAGAUUUAAAACCUCAUAUAGUGCAAUAUAUGGCCACAAAAGACAGUGCAAAUAGAAAACUAACUAUUCAACAGAGAGUUAGUGUAGUAGAAGAAUCUGCAAUCAGGGACUUGAAGACGAAAAUCCUCGCUUCGCGCCAUGAUCUUAUAGAUUGCUAUUUAACCAUGGACCAUAACCAGACUGGAAAGAUAACUGUUGCCGAGUGGUGCGCUGGUGUAGAAGAGGUCUUGCAGUUAGAGUUGCCUUGGAGAACGUUACGUCACAAAUUGGUGAAAUGUGACGAAGAUGGUAUGAUCGAAUAUGCCUCAGCGUUCGAUCAAUUUAAGAUUAUGCACAAGUUCAGUGAACAGGACUCUGCGUCUGGAAUUACAGAAACACUUUACAGGAAUAAAGAUAGUUUAGAAACCAUAUUCAGAAUCAUCGAUAAAGAUAAUUCAGGUGUUAUAACGAAUGAUGAGUUCGAAGAAGCCUGCAGCUUGCUCAGUAAACACAUUGGACUUCAAAUUCCUAAGGAACAGGCUCGCGAUCUUGCAAAAUGCAUUGAUAUAAAUAAAGAUGGACAAAUAGACUUCAAUGAGUUCCUUGAAGCAUUUAGAUUGGUUGAUCCUCAUGGGAAGGAUUUAACUGUGUCACAUAACCAACAAAAUGGUAGCAGUGGUGAAAUCACGUGAUAGAUUCACGUGAAGUCACGUGAAUGCUUAUAUGUCUAAUGUUUGUUUUUGAAAGGCCGACAUAUUGAUUUUCUUUUGAACAAGUAUGGCCUCAUAUUGCACAUAUAUUCAUUUUUAUUUUUAUUAAAUGUAUCUAAAGGUGAAAUAUGAUAACUGAUACAUUUCCCUUUGCUAGGGGAGCAUGAAUUUGUAGGGCCUCUAUUGUUUUUUUUAACUAGGGGAGAAAAUCUUGUUUAUUCAGCAAAAAAUCCUACUGAAUGGAAAAUAAUUCUUACGAACUUACGAAGAUAUAGCUAUUAAAAGGGACUAUGCAUUCGAUUCAUUUAAACAUUAUUUGGUAUACAAAUAUGCCUAGGUUUGUCUUUAUAUCACCGUUCAAAAUAAAUAAAAUUAUGUGUAUGUCUUUGAAUUGUUCGAGGCUAAUUUUUUGGGCGAGGACAAGUAUCAAACAAAGCUUUACUUAGAUUUCACAAGAUCUAGAUUUCAUUCUGCAUGCUUUGCAUGUUCUUAGACACUGUUCUCCUCAAAAAUAUGAAUAAUGUCCGUUAACGAGAAAACUUGUAUUUGGGUCACUUUUUGGAGGCUCCCCUGGGUAAUGCCGCAACGUAUUAGUCUCGAGAUGGACAUGUUAGUACCGCCAAAAGCGUGCGGGUAAUAUUUUCAAAAGAUAGAGACAAAAAGUUGCCUUUUUAAACGCAUGUUUAAUAUUAUUUAUUUUAUAUAAAAUUAGUUGACUUAAGUUGGCUAAAAACAAAAUAAAAAUGGUGCCGUUAAGAAAACUGUUUCAUCAGAGUAUCUGGAACUACAAUAGGAUGUGCUUCUUGGAAUACACAAAUGUGAAUAAAUACAUUAUCUUAUAUUCAAGACAAAAAUUGGUCGA